AUGCAGAUUCCUUUUCUUCUCAUCCUGACCCUUGUGGUCUCAGCCCUCGCCCAUCUCGGUCGCCACCCCAGCCCCAGAGACGUCGCCCACCAUGCAGCUCUAUCGAUGAUGUGUGCCGAUAACGUGGGUCAGGUUGGUAACGCUCGCUACAAGCGGAACCUCGCGCGUCGCUGGCAUGACGGCAAUACGACGACCGUGGAGGUCACCACGGAGGCACCCUACUACGAGAUCAUCCACAACGACACCUACGUCCUCACCCCCGAGGUCACCCAGGGACCCUACGUCUGGCCGCGCUCGCAGACCCUGCGUCAGGACAUGACGGAGGGUCAGCCCGGAGUCCCCCUCUGGCUAGACGUCGGCGUUGUAGACAUGGCGACCUGCCAACCCCUCCCAAACGUGCUGGUCGAUUUCUGGCACUGCAACGCGACAGGUUCCUAUUCCAGCUUCACCGGCCUGUCACCCGACACCCCCUUCCCCCAGCUCCUCGACAAGCUGGGCAUUCCCAUGAGCACCUUCGAAAUCGGCAAGACUGACCUCCAUACCGAUAACACGACCUUCUUGCGCGGGAUGUGGCCCACUGACAAGAACGGUGUGAUGGAGAUGAAAACCAUCUUCCCCGGCUUCUACGUCCUCCGCACAAUCCACAUCCACGUCCAAGUGCACACCAACUGGACCCUCCACGCCAAUGGAACCAUCAAAACCGCGAAUACCGUCAGCACCGGCCAGAUUUACUUCAAUGAGGACCUGGUGGACAAACUGAUGGCGAUCGAGCCUUACGUCUCCCACACGGCGAUCAAUCGCACCACCAAUGCAGCGGAUGCGGUGUUCCCGUAUGACUUUGGGAAUGAAUAUAAUCCUGUUGUUUCUGUCGUUCCGAUCGAUGGUGAGGACGUGACGAAGGGGAUGGUUGGAUAUAUCACCAUUGGCGUGGAUACUAACGCGGUCGAGUAUGAUGAUAAUAACGUUGGGAAUCCUUGA